GAGCUGAAAUUUAAAUUUGAUCAUUUUUGGAGUUCAUUCUAUUCCUGUUGGAAAAUUUCGAACCUUAUUGAAUCAAAAUGACCUCCCAUUAUAAUUUAAAUCAGAUUUACAUAAAUGUAAUAAAAGUAGUUAAAUUCCAUCCAUCAGAUUCUUCCUAUAGCACAAUAAUGGACCAUCUAAGCAUCUCUAAAUCACUCAAAAGUCAUCAAUUUUCUUCUCAACAUAACUCGAAGAUUUCAUCAACAUCAGAAUCGAGAGAAAUGAACUCGUCUCUCCCAGCCGCAAGGAUCAUUCGGUCUGGCUCGACUUUUAUACAAGAGCAAGAGAGCUGCAGAUCUCAGCCCAAGAGAACAGAGAGCUGGUAGAGUAUACAGCAGCAGUACCAAAUCUCAAAUACUUUGGACGUGUAUUCGGGCCCGCGUACUGUACGCAUAUCUGCGUAGCUCGAAUUCGUGGUUCGUGUUUCGGUGGAUGGACGUGGACGACUCGCGGCGUGGCGACGUCGCUCGACGAGGCAUCCCGCCGUCCGCGACCGUAGGAGUCGCUGUUCGCGAUUGGUAGGCGCGUACCGAGCGAGUUAUUCGAUUGGCGGCGUGCCCCUUGGUAGUGGGGGUCUUGGAAGCGGCUAUUAUCAUAAGGGGUUAGCGCAUUCGGUCGGUAGGUAAAAACCAUACCGAAAGUCAUAAACGAUACCGCGUAACAAGUGCAACACGCAGCGCACCAUUCAGCUAAAUUGCUACUAAACAAUAGGAAAAACGUCGUUGAGUUUUUUUUAUUUUACUCUUUUUUUCCUAACUUACGGGUGCCGCCGCUCGCGCGCGACAGGGACCACAAAAACGGUCCAUAAAAAGGUUUUUAACGGAAAAAAAAAAGGUUUUUAUUUUCGGUACGCGUUAAAAUCCGCACAUCAAUUCGGUAAACAUGAAUAUACGAAGGUAAAAAAAUAAAGCAUAUAAAUAUAACACCCGAAGUCGAAUCAUUUGAUUGUUUUUUCAUUUUUCUUUAGUUUUUGUUUUUGUUUUUUCGGCUCAUAUAUAAGCUUAUUAUUUUUUACUCGUGAUACGUAUAAUUUCGAGUCGAGUGAUUUUUUUCCAUCAAUUUUCGUAAUCGUUGGUUCAUAAUCGAUUGAAUUUUUAUCGCUUGUGUGAAUUUUUUAAUGAGUUCGCGAUGUGCAGUCCUUUAUAUUGCUGAGGGUGGCGAUGAAUCAUCGUAUCACAUCGUAGUGUUGUGUUAAAUGUGCAGCAGCAUGCCGCAAUGAGUUCGAAAUUCAUUAUCGAUAGUAUGCUACCGAAAUAUCACCAGAAUUAUCAUCACCAAUUAUUGAAUCCGGUAAUCACCUCCAGCAACGCUGGCAAUCUCGACUCGCCCGUAGUUAAUUACAGUCUAACGAAUAAUUCGUCUUCUUCUUCGUCUUCUCCGCCGCCCUCGCUCGUAUCUCCGGCCAGCCGAAUGUAUCCUUACGUAUCCGCAGCGGCCGCACAUCACCAUCACCAACAGCAGGCCGCAGCGGCCGCAGCCUUCGCCACCGGAUCCAUGGUUCCGGGAGCAUUCACCUCGCCCAGCUCGGCCGCACUGGCCGCCGUCGUCGAUGCGGCCACCGGCGAUAAAUCGUGUCGAUAUACCAGUAACGUUCCUACCGCAGAUUCCAUGGUCAACUACACGCUACACCAUCAGAACGGAGCGACCGCAAAUUCCGCAUCCGCAGCGUCCGCAUCGAUGGCCGCAUUCUAUCAUCAAGCCGCUGCCGCAUCCGUCGGCGCCGAUCCUUUGAAUUCGUGUUCGUCUCAAGUUAACGCCACCGGCGGCCAAGGCAUGCCGGAUUUACCUCGAUAUCCGUGGAUGUCUAUUACGGAUUGGAUGAGCCCUUUUGAUCGUGUUGUUUGUGGUCCAAACGGUUGUCCGAGACGUCGAGGGAGACAAACAUAUACUCGUUUCCAAACCUUAGAACUGGAAAAAGAAUUCCAUUUUAACCAUUACCUAACUAGACGCCGUAGAAUAGAAAUAGCUCACGCUUUAUGCCUGACCGAAAGACAAAUAAAAAUAUGGUUCCAAAAUAGAAGAAUGAAAUUGAAAAAAGAACUACGAGCGGUCAAAGAGAUAAACGAGCAAGCCAGACGAGACCGCGAAAUGGAACAAGCCAAACAAGACAAAAAUAAGAUGGUCGAUCAGCAAGCAUCGCAGCAACACCAUCAUCACCAGCAAAGUUUACACGAUCAACAUAAAAUGAUCGGGUUGGAAAAAACCAACGGCGCUGAUCUCUUAAAAGCUUCCGUAGGAAAAGUCCAGUCAUAAGUUUCCCAUAAGUAAUUAUAUAUUUUUUUAAUUUAAUAAAAAAAAAUCAUCAGUCAGGGUACGAUUUGGACGUGGUGCUGCGGCGCAACAUAGUAUUCAUUUCGCAUCGAAGAUGUCUCAAGUUGGGAAUAUGUAUUUACUUUUUUGUGAGUUCCCAAUAUAAAGGCAACGUCCAUAAUCGGAUCCGUGUAUUUUUUUUUCUUUAUUUAUACCUACUUGGUAAUGAUUUGAUUGAUUGUAACUGUUGUUUUUGAUUUUUAAUUUUUUUAAACUUUGUUAUUUUAAUUUAUAUAAGGGCGGCGUUCGUUCCGAUGACGCUGAUUUCGACGAGUUUUUCUUUCUGUUUUAUUUUUAUUUCAUUUUUUCAAUUUUUAUUUUAUUUUUUCAACGAAAUCUAUAAGUUAAAAAUGAUUUACUACAUUUAGGCAAAUUUUUACAUCGAAAAUCAAGCUGUUUUUUUCUUUCAUGUUUAACGAUAUAUGCAAUAGGAUUUUUUUCUAGUAGUUUUAUAUUAUCGCCUGACCGUCGAAGGAAUUAUAAUUUUUUCUUCAUGUGCCAUAUAUUUUCUAAUGUUUUCAUCAGCUCUAUUUAAGUAAUAAUAUUUUUACCAACCUUCUCUGUCCAUUUCGAUAUUAUAUGCCAAUGAGUAAGUCAAUUCGAUUAGGUGAAUAAAAUUAAUUAAUACUUUUUAUGUUUGAAAAAAAUUCCUAAUUUUUUGUUUCCACCUCCUCCCCUUUCUUUCUAAAAAGAUACCUCCAGUGCAAUCCGCUUUUAUUGUUUUUAUUAUUAUUUUUCUUCUUUUUUGUUAUACAAGAAUGAUAUUUGGUUAAGUUUAUACGUAAUUUUUGCCGUUUAAAUGGAAAAGGGCUGAUGAGACGGGUAUACGAGUGCAAUUGUUUAUUUUUUAAAAAUUGUAUAAUAUUGUUCGAUUUUAUGUAUUUUUAUCUCGUAUUUAUGUACAAUUUGUUGAUUAUGCCGUAGAAGUAUUAUUAUUGCCCCCUCUCUCUUUCUCUAUCUCUGUCUCCUUAAUUUAUUAAACAAAAAAAACAUCAAGUUUAUAACGUUUAACGUAAUCUACCUUCUAUUUUAUCGGUCGCUUUUUUUUCAUUCUAAAUUAAUAUGCAUUUGUAGUUGAUAAUUAUUUUUAUAAGUUUCGUAGAUACGUAAAUUUUGUAUCCAUAUUUUUAUCGUCGUGUUUCAUGGGCCAAUGAAAAAGGUGUUUUUUUUCUUCUUUUUUUUUUUUAAGAGUAAAGCUGCUGUACGAUGAAUGUGUCGUAUUAGCAAAAGACGUCAGUAUAAUUUGUUCCUCCUCGUUUUUGUUUAUUAAUUUUUCCGUUUUACGAGUACGACUAAUUGUCGGUUUGCAUUGUUUUUUUUUUCUUUAAAUUUAUUUUUAUCCUUCGUAUUCCGUGUAUUGUGAAAAAACGUGGUACGGUUCUCGGAGUAUGUAGGAGCUGAUCGCAAGGUCGAAUUUUCCUGCAUUUAAAUUUUUCAACGUACUGAUGCUGAUGUAAUUUGAAAAAAAUUCUACUUUUAUGAUUUAUUCCGCAUUUUUUGAGUGUAAUUGAAAACUGAACAAUUGUUUAAAUUUUCCAAAAAAAUAAUACUUACAGACAGAUGAUGUAAUUCUAAAAUAAUUUCAUUUUCAUUUUCCUCGUACCGUUUGAAUUUUUUUGAUACAAUUUUGUGGGUUGAAAAAAGUUCAAAAAUUUGGCCUCAAUCGAAAUCAAAAAAUUAACAAAAUCCCCAACCAAGUGAUGAUCGAAUUUUUCCGAUUUUAAGGCGAGCUGAAUCCAGAAGUUAAUAAUUUUUAUUAAGUAAAAAAUAUACGUAAUAUUUUUAGUAUUUUAAUAUUGUAUGUUUAAUGACUAUAAGCGUAAAACUUUUUUAAAAAUGUAAAUUAGCCUUAUGUCAUUGAAAACAAGAUCCAUAAAGGAUCAGCUUGCUUAUCUCUAUCGUAUAAGUAUGAACGAAUGUAAUUUAUGAAAUAAGUUACAAGAAUCGUUGUCUCAAACGAUCUAAAUUUUUUUUUUUUUUGAAAAAUUGGUUUUCCAAAUGAAAUAUUUAUAUGUUCGUUGUUUGUAUGAUUUUUUAUACUUUUAAAAAAAUGUUUUGUUUCUGUUCAUGUUUUUUUUUAAAUUUCGUUUUUAUUUGCUUUUUUUUGCAAUUUUUAAUGUAAUAACUUGCGUUUGUGUUUUUAUUUCUCCGUUACCCUGUUUCUUUUUUUCAUUUUUUUUUGUUUGUAUGUAUUGUACCAAAUUGUACAUAUCACAGCGGUUGCUUUUUGUAUUAUUUUUUUUCUUUGGUUGGCCGAAUAUUUAUAUUUUGCUUUUUUUUCUUCUUUGUUCAUUUUGAAGUAGUUUUUUUUAUAUAGUUUUAUUACGUAUUAUUUUUUCCCUAGAUCUGUGUUGUUACUUAAUAGUAAAAUAAUUUAUACGUAGUCAACGUAUAUUAGUCGUAUAAACUUUAAUGUGUUCCGAUAAUAAUUUUUUUUUGGCGAGGAAUUCAACGUAGAACCAUUUUUAAGUCAGUUUUUUCCUUUCAUUUUUUAUCUGAUUUGUUUUAAAAGGCAGAUAAGUGUACUACUCAUGUACGUAAUUUUUAUAUACGUAAUGCAUAAAUAUUUAGAGUUGUGUGAAAUUUCUUUUUACUUACCGAACAUAUUGUUUUGUUUUCCCUUUCGUUUUUUCUCGACGAUUGUCCAAGUGUAGGUAUUUUCGGCGCACCGUGUAUGCAACUUCAUCGACGCCAAAGUAACGUGGUGGCAGGUGGUGAUAAAGUUGCGUAGAUGAUAACGCCGGCAAUACUUACGAUACUAUACGAUAUGGCUGACCCUUGUGAAAUUGAUUUUUUUUUUUUUUUGUUCAAACACUCUUAGUUCCUCUGCGCGUUUGCGAAAAAAAGGGCAGAUUUUUCUCUUUUACUACUAUUUUCCUUCUUUGUAUUUCGUCUUGUUGUUUCUUUCUCUUUUUCAAUGAUUUUUUUUUUCAUUUUUUAUUCUCGAAAGCGGUUUUCAACAGUCGAUGAUUCGGUAUAUUUAUUUAUAUACGUAAUAUGUACCUUUCUACGAAGGAUGUAUAGUGUGUACAUAGUAGCCGCGUAGAUGUAGAGUAAUUGUCGCUAAUUUCAUGUUGUUAAGAAAAGAAAAUUAAAAUAUACCUCUGCCUAAAUUGUA